CAACCCAGAGAGAAGUAACCCACAAAGGAUCAUUUUGUGAAGGAGCAAAGCCAAACUUCCAGACCUGGGCCCUCCUGGGCAGGACAGACCUUCCGUAGCCAUGGAUCUCCAGCGUGUGAAGGAAUAUUUCUCCUGGCUGUACUAUCAGUACCAAAUCAUUAGCUGCUGUGCUGUCUUGGAGCCCUGGGAACGAUCAAUGUUCAACACCAUCCUGCUCACCAUCUUUGCAAUGGUGGUGUACACCGCCUAUGUCUUUAUCCCAAUCCACAUUCGCCUGGCUUGGGAAUUUUUUUCCAAAAUAUGUGGCUAUCACAGUACAAUUUCUAAUUGAUCUUGUUUGCAUUCUGUGAAAUGGCAUUGCAUAUUUAUACAUCGCUUACAACUGAUGGAUUUUGGUGACUAUGUCUUAUUUUCCUCUCUGACCUGAAAAGCACCUUCUUCCACAUGCACUCUUCUAUCCUUCCUGGAAUUGGAAAUAGAUGUCUCUGGUUUCUUCUGUACACGCCACAUUGUGCAUCAGACCAUAGAUAAUGUAAUGACUUUACCUCAUGUAUCACACUCGCUCAGUGCAAAUCUAUGACCUUAGUUUUGUUUUUUUUAAUCAGAACAAUUUCAUAUAAAUUUUUUCUGGAAAAUAGGUUCAUAGCAGACCUACCAGACUCGUAUUUAAAAUGUUCCCUUGAUACCUAGUCUAUAUUUUUAAAAAAUUAUUCACAGGCUACUGUCAGAAGUAUCCUAUUGUUGUUUACAAUGUAUAGAAAGAUGUGAAUAAACUAUAAUAAACC